GAUUUAUUUCCAGCUCUAGUGACGCAUGCGUUGGACAAGCGGUUUUUUCUGCUGACAGAAUUUCUUGCUUUUUUGCAUUUGCGUUUGCAACUGGAAUUUUUCGUAGAAAUCGAAACGUGAAAAACCCGAAAACGAGACCGAAAUUGAAGGAAAAAUCAGCUUAAAGUCGUUGGAAAUAGCGCACGUUGAUCGUAGUUUUUUUUUUCGACAUUUUCUGCAAGAAAAGCCUGUGCGUGCGUGUACGUGUGUUUGUCUCUCUCGCUCUUCUUGUCCACGCGUGUGUGUGUGGUCGCAUAAAUUUACCGAUAUUUCGCCUGUGAGAGCGAAACGGGCGAAAAACGAAAGAGGACAAAAAAAGCUAAGAGAGGCGAAACAAAACGAAAAACAGCAGCAGUUUCGUUGAAACAUUGGGCAAAAACGCAAACCAACCAACAUCAACAACAAAUAUUGGCCAAAAGCAGGACGCACAAAAAUCUGAAAUCAAAGAAGAAGAGUGGAGAAAAUACGAGAGAGAGAUAUCCCCAACAACAAUAACUGCAGCGGAGAAGAUACAGCAACAACAGCCGCCACAAUGAGCAAAUCACACUUUGAUCUUCCGUUGACCAUUGAACCGGAGCAUGAGCUGCGUUUUGUGGGUCCCUUCAACCGACCCGUCGUCACAAUAAUGACCUUGCGCAACAAUACGGCUCUGCCCCUAGUCUUCAAGAUCAAGACAACCGCCCCGAAACGCUACUGUGUACGUCCAAACAUCGGCAAGAUCCUGCCCUGUCGCUCGACCCAGGUGGAGAUAUGCCUGCAGCCGUUCAUCUACGAUCAGCAGGAGAAAAACAAGCACAAGUUUAUGGUGCAGAGCGUCCUCGCACCUUUGGAUGCUGAUCUGACCGAUUUGAAUAAAUUGUGGAAGGAACUAGAACCGGAUCAGCUGAUGGACGCCAAGCUGAAGUGCGUCUUCGAGUUGCCCAGCGCUGAUGCGAAUGCGGAGAAUACCAGCGGUGGCGGUGCCAUCGGCGGCGGAAGCGGAAGCGCCGGAGGCGUCAGCGCGGUUGUCAACACUAGUUCAGUCAGCGCUGAGGCGCUUGAGAGCAACCCGAAGCUCUCCAGCGAGGAUAAGCCCUCGAAUUUGCCUGAUGCGUCAGAGAAUGUGGAUUCGCUGGUCGAAGAGAUAAAGGCGCUGCGUGAAUCCAACGGCAACCUGCGAAAAGAAAAUCUACACUUGAAGGAUCAAAUCACACGCUACCGCAGCUCGCCGGCCGUUAAGCAGGUGAAUGAGCCCUAUGCCCCAGUGUUGGCUGAGAAGCAGAUUCCAGUCUUUUACAUUGCAAUUGCCAUUGCUGCGGCCAUCGUAAGCCUCCUGUUGGGCAAAUUCUUUCUCUGAAUGCCAUAAACGAACGCCAGCAACAUGCAACAUGCUACGUGCAGCAGCAACAGCAAAAACAGCGGCAACACCAUCAAACAGCAGCAGCAACUAACAACAGCAACCACAACGAAAGAACAACAGCAGGCAGCAGGAGCAUUCAAAUCCAUUAUCGGCAAAUAAGAUGCAACACGCAGAGACGAAAAUAAAAAGCUGACAAAACAACAAAGUAGCAGUGAAAGGGAAAUAUAUAUAGGAAAGACAUGAAAACAUAUUCGAAGAAAAAAAAAAAAAUCUUUUGAGAAAUAUUGUUAUUGCUCAGAUUUUAAAUUGCAUUUUAUUUUCGCUAUCACUUAUGUUUAAGUUUAAAAAGUUUUGCAACUUCCUAUUUAAUUCGUUUGUGAUGCAUUUUUAAACGAAAAAGUGAACACUUUCAAAGAACAACCAAAAUUAUCAUUUAUCCCAGUGUUUAAAAAACUGCAGUUGAAUUAGCAGGAAGCAGAAAACAAAAAAUCAUUUCUAAUUUUCGUCGCUGAUUGAUUUUGGCCAAUGCUUCGACUGCAACUUCAGAAGCAGAAGCAAAACCGAAACUGCAGUUUUUUUGAACGCUGAUUUAUUCAUACUUUUGCAUACGAGAAUAAACUUCAGUUUUAUUAAUAUUGGCAA